CCGGCCCGCCCCUCCAGGUGCGAGGUGGAGCAGGAAGCGGCGGCGGCGGCGCCGGAGGGGACCCGCGCCCGCCUCGGCGCGGGGUCCAUGCGGGGAGAUGGCGGCGGGCCGGGCGCUGGCCGCGCUCCUGGCUGCCCUCCUGGCUGCCCUCCUGGCCGUCUCGGCGCAAUUCCUCCCGCUGCCAGCUUCCUUUACAAUCUCUCUUCAGAAAGUGGACAACACCACAGUUAUGAUUAAACUGAGACCUGGUGUUCCAUCAAGCUGUCAUAUUCGCGUUAAAACUGUCAUCAGGUCUGAACUCAACAUUAAGCCUGGGGAAAAUGUGACUUUUACCUUUACUUGUAGUACUCCAGAGAAGUAUUUCAUCAUGGAAAUUCAGAAAAAUAUUGACUGUGUGUCAGGCCCAUGUCCCUUUGGAGAUGUUCAUCUUUACCCACUGCGGCUACCCCGCCUUAAUAGGACUUACAUCUGGGACGUGAAGGCGAGUACAAAAGCUGGACUGGAACUAAAAUUUUCUGCCCCGUGGCUAAGGCAGAUUGAACCAGGAGAGACGUGCCCGGAUUUCAUUAGCUACAACAUCAACAGCUGUAUCGAUAAGGCCACGGUCAACAUUGGCACCUUCUGCAGGAAUGGCUCAGUGUCUCGGGUCAAGUUGCUGGGAGGAGUUGUCAUGUCUCUGCACCUCCCGUGGAACUCGCCCCUCACAACCUCAGGCUUCAACAUAGCUAACAGGGCUUCCAUAAAAAGGUUAUGCAUUAUUGAAUCCACUUUGAAGGGGGAGUCUUCCAUCACCCUGAUGUCCCCCAACUACCCACUGGGCUUUCCAGAAGACGAGCUCAUGACGUGGCAGUUUGUGGUUCCUUCCAGCAUGAGAGCAAGCGUGUUUUUCCACAACUACAGCCUCUCCAACUGCGAAAGGAAAGAGGAGAGGGUAGAGUACUACAUCCCUGGCUCCCUCAGCAAUCCGGAGGUGUUCAAGCUGAGUGACAGCCAGCCUGCCAAUAUUGCUGGCAGUUUCAACAUGUCCCUGCAGGGCUGUGAUCAGGAUGCCCAGAACCCGGGCAUCCUUCGCUUGCUCUUCCAAGUCGUCGUUCAACAUCCGCAGCUUGAUGAGAAUGUCACCCAUCUGGUUGACCUGAGCAAGGAGAGGAACAUGACUGUGACAAUACACUCCGAAGGGUGGCCCGGCUACAUCCCGCUCAUGUCUGAACCCAUGUGCCUGAUCUGUAAGGAUCCUCGCACCUGCGACCGCGUCUUGACUUUAGUGUCUGGCACCGUCUACAGGAUCUCCUUUCUGUGCAAGGACUUGUCGCGUCUGAGGAUCACGGCUGAAAAAGGCAUAAGCUGUGUUGAUUUUUGGCGGUGUCAGAAGAAGAUCUAUUCCCUUUCGGUGCCCAAGGCUAUUACCCAAUUGCCAAUUCGACUGCACAAGUUUAUUUGGAAGCUCUUGGCUCCCGAUCUGAUCAACAUAGAAAUAACUUCUCCGUCCUUGAAACUUCAGCAACUUACCCAAGAACAGAGGUGCAACAUGAGCUACAGUUACAGCAUUGUUAGUGCCACCCCAGAGACGGAGCUGUAUGUUGGUGUGUUCUGUCCUGGUGGAUCCAUUGAAAAGAUUCAGAUGAGGAAUAACGUCACCAUAUCCUUAAAGACAUUUGGUAAAGGAUUCGUCAAUGAAUCUAACACUCAGGAUUUGAAAAUGUCUUUUGUGCCACAUAUUAAAGAUGAGUGCACUUUCACUGUGAGUCCAAAUCCAAAAGCCAAAGUUGACUUGCAAAGUCCCAACCCGCGUUAUGGUUUGCCUCCCUAUGUCUCCAUAUCCUGGUACAUCGUCGUGCCUAGCAAGCAAAUUGCCCGCCUUGGGUUCUCCAAGGACCGCAUGGGCAUUGCUUGUGAGACAGGCCAUGCCUAUGUCAACAUAAAGGAGGAGACUCUGGGGGCAGAGGAGACCGUGCGCCGUGAGGAUGAGCCUCUGCCCAAUCCCCGAAAUAUGUAUCAUAACUUCUGGGUAAACGUCUCCAACUGUAAACCUGUGGACAGGACUCAGCUGUCCUUGCAGUUCUGGGUGACUUUGGCUGACAAGCAGAUAGACCUGGGAAUCAUACUUGGUAUGGUGGCCGGGGCCGGAGUUCUUGUGGCUAUUGGACUGACUGUGUGCUGUGUUAAGAAGAAGAAGAAGAAAACCCAGAAUCCCAUGGUGGGAGUGUACAAUGCUAACGUGAAUACCCAGAUGCCUGGCAAAAAAGGCUUAUUCACAAAAGGGAGGCAAAACAGUGAGUCUCAUGUCUAUGCAGUUAUUGAUGAUGCUGUGGUCUAUGGACACUUGCUGAAGGAGUCUAAUGGCUCAGUGGCCCCAGAAGUUGAUGUGUACCGGCCUUUUGAUGGACCCAUUGGUAGCUUGCCUCCUUCACCACCUCCAUUCUCCUUCAGAAAAGACAUUAAAUUCUCUUCUAACACUGAGGAGGAGCCUCCACCGUUGACAGACACAGACCAUGACAAUUACACAUUUGCUCAUCAGAAAUCAGGGCAACUGGAGGACAAUGGAGACGUAAAUGAAAAAGAUAAGGGAGACACAAGUAUGCCCUUGCUGGAAAGUAAAGAACAGGAUGGUUUAGUGGAAUAAUUUUAUACCAGGUAUAGCAGUUUUCUGUGGAAACACAAGUGUAAGGAUGGUGGUCUAGGAGA